AUGCGCACCACUGCGCAGCUGCCUUCCAUGCAGGUUGCUGGAGGCGCCCGCGCCCCCGCGCGGACGACCCGGGUGCUGACCGGGUUCCAGGGCUUCAGGCGCGCCAAUGUGGUGGACGCUGCCGCACGGCCGAAGGGAACUACGUCCCUGCGCGGCGCGGUGCAGGCUUCAAAGCGGAGGGCUGGCAAGCAGGGCGUCAGCGCGCGGUCGACCGUGCGCAUGAUGUUCGAGCGCUUCACGGAGAAGGCCAUUAAGGUCGUCAUGCUCGCGCAGGAGGAGGCGAGGCGACUGGGCCACAACUUCGUGGGCACGGAGCAGCUCUUCCUGGGCCUGAUUGGCGAGUCCACGGGCAUUGCUGCCAAGGUGCUCAAGUCGAUGGGCGUGACGCUCAAGGACGCCCGCGCCGAGGUCGAGAAGAUCAUCGGCCGUGGUUCUGGCUUCGUGGCCGUCGAAAUCCCGUUCACGCCGCGCGCGAAGCGCGUCCUGGAGCUCUCCCUCGAGGAGGCUCGCGCCCUCGGCCACAACUACAUCGGCACGGAGCACAUCCUCCUCGGGCUCCUCAAGGAGGAGGAGGGCGUCGCGUCCCGUGUCAUGGAGCUCCUUGGCGUUGACAAGAAGAAGGUUCGCCAGGCGGUCAUCCGCAUGGUCGGCGAGUCCCAGGAGGCGGUCGGCGCCGGCGUGGGGGCGUCGCAGGGCGGCUCGAACAAGACUCCCACGCUGGAGGAGUACGGCACCGACCUGACGAAGCAGGCCGAGGAGGGCAAGCUCGACCCGGUCGUGGGGCGGCAGAAGGAGAUGCAGCGCGUGAUCCAGAUCCUGGGCCGCCGCACGAAGAACAACCCGUGCCUCAUCGGCGAGCCCGGCGUGGGCAAGACGGCCGUCACCGAGGGCCUGGCGCAGAAGAUCAUCAACAACGACGUGCCCGAGACGAUCGAGGGGAAGCGCAUCGUGAGCCUCGACAUGGGCCUGCUCGUCGCGGGCACGAAGUACCGCGGCGAGUUCGAGGAGCGGCUGAAGAAGCUCAUGGAGGAGAUCAAAGCGAACACCGACAUCAUCCUCAUGAUCGACGAGAUCCACACGCUCAUCGGGGCCGGCGCGGCGGAGGGCGCGAUCGACGCGGCCAACAUCCUCAAGCCCGCGCUGGCGCGCGGCGAGCUCCAGUGCAUCGGGGCCACCACGAUUGACGAGUACCGCAAGCACAUCGAGAAGGACCCUGCACUGGAGCGCCGCUUCCAGCCGGUGCAGGUGCCGGAGCCGACGGUCGACGAGGCGAUCCUGAUCCUCAAGGGCCUGCAGGAGCGCUACGAGCAGCACCACAAGCUGACCUACACGGAGGAGGCGAUCGAGUCGGCGGUCAAGUACGCGCACCAGUACAUCUCCGACCGCUACCUCCCGGACAAGGCGAUCGAUUUGAUCGACGAGGCCGGGUCGCGCGUGCGGCUGACGCACGCCGCGCUGCCCGAGGAGGCGCGCGAGCUGGACCGCGAGCUGCGCGCGCUGAGCAAGGAGAAGGACGCCGCGGUGCGCGGGCAGGACUUCGAGAAGGCCGGGCAGCUGCGGGACCGCGAGUCGGAGCUGCGCACGCAGAUCCAGGCGAUCGUGUCGGGCGCGAAGGAGCAGGCCAAGGCGGAGGCCGAGGCCGGGGAGGCGGGCGGGCCCGUGGUGUCGGAGGCGGACAUCGCGGGCAUCGUCGCGCAGUGGACGGGCAUCCCGAUCGAGAAGGUGUCGUCGGACGAGAGCGAGCGCCUCGUCAAGAUGGAGGAGACGCUGCACCAGCGCGUCAUCGGGCAGGAGGAGGCGAUUGUGGGCAUCUCGCGCGCGAUCCGCCGCGCGCGCGUGGGCCUGAAGAACCCGAACCGCCCGAUCGCGUCGUUCAUCUUCGCCGGGCCGACGGGCGUGGGCAAGAGUGAGCUCGCCAAGACGCUGGCGGCGUACUACUUCGGCAGCGAGGAGGCGAUGACCCGCCUCGACAUGUCGGAGUUCAUGGAGCGCCACACCGUGUCGAAGCUGAUCGGCUCGCCGCCGGGCUACGUCGGGUACCAGGAGGGCGGGCAGCUGACGGAGGCCGUGCGCCGCCGGCCCUACACCAUCGUGCUGUUCGACGAGAUCGAGAAGGCGCACCCGGACGUGUUCAAUAUGAUGCUCCAGAUCCUCGAGGACGGCCGCCUGACGGACUCCAAGGGCCGGACCGUGGACUUCAAGAACGUCGUCGUUAUCCUCACGUCCAACGUCGGGUCGCAGGUCAUCGAGAAGGGCGGCGGCGGCCUGGGCUUCCAGAUCGGGGGCGAGUCCGAGGAGGACUCGUCGUACAACCGCAUCAAGUCGCUCGUCAACGAGGAGCUCAAGCAGUACUUCCGCCCCGAGUUCCUCAACCGCCUGGACGACAUCAUCGUCUUCCGCCAGCUCACCAAGACGGAGGUCAAGCAGAUCGCGGACAUCAUGCUCAAGGACGUGAUCCGCCGGGCCGACCUGCGCGGCAUCAAGCUCGACGUCACGGAGCGGUUCAAGGACCGGCUGGUGGACGAGGGCUUCAACCCGUCGUACGGCGCGCGCCCGCUCCGCCGCGCCAUCGUGCGGCUGGUCGAGGACUCGCUGUCCGAGCGCAUCCUGACGGGCGACAUCCAGGAGGGAGACAACGUCAUCCUGGACGUGGACGCCGACGGCGCCAUUGCCGUGCUCUCCGGCGACAAGAAGUUCGUCCAGAAGCUCGACUCGUCGCCCGCGGGCAUCUCUUAA